GCUGUUUUCAAAAUGGUACCGAAGCACAUUUGUAUUUUCUCUGCUUAAUUUCUCAAAAGCUUAGUUUUCUAAAAGAGUCGUCACAAAAGUUUACCUUUUCAUAUAUUAUUUGGUUUAAAAAAAAAUGGGGAGAUUAAGUGAGAUUGUGAGACACCCGGAUGAGAUAUAUCCACUGUACAAGCUGAGAAUGGAGAUUAAGAAAGCUCAGGAGCAGAUCCCACCUGAGGCCCAUUGGAGUGUAUGCUAUCCCUUGCUCCACAGUGUCUCUAGAAGCUACUCUCACGUCAUUCACCAACUCCGUCCCGAGCUUCGCGACGCCAUGUGUGUGUUCUACUUGGUUCUCCGAGCUCUUGAUACUGUCGAGGAUGACACAAGCAUAGCAAAUGAGGUCAAGAUUCCCAUACUGAUAGAUUUCCACCGUCACAUGUACAAUCCCGACUGGCACUUUUCGUGUGGUAGGAACGAGUACAAAGUUCUCAUGGACCAAUUCCACCAUGUCUCUUCGGCUUUUCUGCAAAUUAAAAGAGGGUAUCAAGAAGUUAUUGAAGAUAUUACUAAAAGAAUGGGAGCAGGAAUGGCCAAGUUCAUUUGCCAGGAGGUAAAAACUAUUGAUGACCACAAUGAAUAUUGCUACUAUGUCGCUGGACUUUUGGGUUUUGGCCUCUCAAAACUCUUCCUCGCUUCGGGAUUAGAAGUUUUAACUCCAGACUGGGAGCAACUUUCCAAUUCAAUGGGUUUGUUUCUACAGAAAACAAACAUCACUAGAGAUUAUCUUGAGGACAUCAAUGAAGUACCAAAGCCACGCAAGUUUUGGCCUCGCCAGAUUUGGAGCAAAUAUGCUGACAAGCUCGAGGACUUUAAAGAUGAGGAGAACUCGACCAAAGCAGUGCAAUGCUUAAAUGAUAUGAUCACUGAUGCAUUGAUGCAUAUUGAAGACUGCUUUAAAUUCAUGGCUUCAUUGCGUGAUCCUACCGUAUUUCGGUUUUGUGCCAUCCCUCAGAUUAUGGCGAUUGGAACGCUUUCAAAAUGCUAUGACAAUGUACAAGUCUUUAAAGGCGUUGUGAAAGUGAGGCGAGGUAUAACUGCUAAAGUCAUGGAUCGCACAAAAACAAUGGAUGAUGUCUAUGGCGCUUUCUAUGAUUUUUCUUGCGUACUGAAAGCAAAGGUCAAUGAAAAUGAUCCAAAUGCCACGGAGACACUACGCCGACUUGAAGCGGUCCAGAAACUCUGCAGAGACAGUGGUGUUCUGUAUAAAAGAAAAUCCUUGGUUAACAAUGGAGCACAAUCAAAACCUCUCUUUAUUGUAAUGCUGCUGGUGCUUCUCCUGGCUGUGGUCUUUGCGUAUCUUAGAGCAAACCAGAGUGAUGGAACAACUAAUGCGAGCGUCUCUCUGCCUAUCGCUAAAGACCUCGACAUCAUCAGGAACAUGGUUUCUGGCUUCUUCAGCAAAUAUUGAUGUUUUUUUUUUCAUUUUCUGUUUUACGCUAUGUUCUUGCCCUGCCUUUUAAAUAACUGGAUCCUAGAUUCAAGAUUGUGUUAAACUUUGUUUGCUUUGAAUCCAUAAACUUUGAUGUUAUAUAUAUAUGCCUUCCGUUGUUAUAUUAUCUAAAAUUGAUUCUCUUUUUUACUUACUUUCAUUUUGGGUACAUAAUAAAAUUGAACCAAGC